AUGCAGAAAUCGAGACUGGGAAAGGUUUUAGUGGCCAACAUGCUGAAUGCAACAGAUAACGACGAAGGGGACUUUGGAAAGGUAACCUACUCUAUCAUUAGCGGUAAUGAGGAGGGCCAUUUUGAACUGGAUGAACAAACGGGCUGUCUGUACAUAAGCAGGCCCUUCACAGCCACUCCAAUAUCUGCCCCAUCAUCAACGUCGACUGUACAGGAGGCGAACUCAACUACCGCUAUUAGCACCUCCACAACGAAUCUCCUCCUCGAAAACCGUCUCCGAAUGCUCUCCUUUAAGACCUUUCGUUUGUACCUUCGAGCCUCAGACCAAGGCAAACCGGCCCGCACCACGACAGCAGUUCUUGAUGUGCGCUUAUCUGGAUUAAGUGUCCCGCUGCACAACUCGAAAAUUUCUACAACCCUGUCUAGACCCAACACACCUUCCAUUCACACUUCCGCUACUUAUCGGGAGCAGAAGGUGGUCCGCAGUAGGUCUAAUCAGCAGAAUCAUCUGUCGAGCGGCAAGCUACAGCAAUAUCAACAAGAUCAUGACAAUCUCAUCUCUACAGAGUCUCUAAUCAUCAUUACAGUUAUGGUAGCGGCGGUGGCAGCACUUCUUUUCAUUGUUGUGCUUCUGGUCACCGCUUGUCUGCGGAAACGGAUGUUAACAGAACAGUCGAGGAGGCAGUGCCCUACUGCGGUGAAACCCAAGCUGAAAAGUGCUGAAUUUGAGCUCCAGUUUGCUGGAGAAGACGGAGAAGGUAAUGGUGGUGGUGGUCCUGGCUCGACGAUUGCGAAAAAGAUCUACGGCGUCUCGUCGCAGCCACCACCAUUUAUCGACCCGACCUCCACCUACGUGACGGUCACAAGAAAUACACUGAAGGGGGAUGACAGCUGUCAUAGAGCGGCUGUAGGAGCUCCCAAUGGUAUGUUGAUUAUCUGA